AUGCAGCGGCGAAGACGCAUAAAUCCAAAGGAAGAUGCCAAAUAUUGUAUUGAUACCAGAAAGGACAGAGUGGGUCUUGACAUCAAGUACAUCAAUGCCUUUGAAGGCCGUGGUAUUUUUGCCACGACCUCUUUUCAGAAAGGAGACUUUCUGUUGGAGUAUCGAGGUGAACUAAUCAGUAAAGAGGAAUGUGAGAGGAGACAAAGAGUUUACCAUGACAACCUUAAAGUGUUCAUGUUUGAAUUUGUCUUUAAUGGAAAACUUUGGUGUGUUGAUGCAGCAAAAGAAGAUGGCUCCCUUGGAAGGCUUGUAAAUGAUGACCAUAUCGGCCGAAAUGCUAAAUUGAAGUACCUGACUGUGCAAGGGAAGCCACAUUUGUGUUUGUUUGCAACUCAAGAAAUUAAUAAGGGAGAAGAGAUUACCUAUAAUUACGGAGACUCAGACUGGCCAUGGAGAUGCAAGGUUGAAGCUGAAAAUGCCCCAGAACAGAUGGAAGACAGCAUCCCAAAUGAAACAGAUCCUGUGAUUGCUGUACUCCCCAACAAUGCAGAGCAGGAUAUGGAGGAGAAGAUUUUCCAGAGUCCUGAGGUUACUCACCUCCGUUCUACACCUGGCAACAGCGAACAGGUUGAAGCUGAAAAUGCCCCAGAACAGAUGGAAGACAGCAUCUCAAAUGAAACAGAUCCUGUGAUUGCUGUACUCCCCAACAAUGCAGAGCAGGAUAUGGAGGAGAAGAUUUUCCAGAGUCCUGAGGUUACUCACCUCCGUUCUACACCUGGCAACAGCGAACAGGUUGAAGCUGAAAAUGCCCCAGAACAGAUGGAAGACAGCAUCUCAAAUGAAACAGAUCCUGUGAUUGCUGUACUCCCCAACAAUGCAGAGUGUCAAAAACAUCAACUGGUGUGCACGACUGUAUCAUCUUUGGAGAAGUGUACUGAGUGUUUUGGACCCUGUUCUUCAAUGAAGUGGCUUGGUUAUCAAUGCAAAGGUUGUUCAAAAGUCUGGCAUUCGUACUGCCUUACACGGAUUAAAAAUGAUGACCCAUCCCAGGCCAGAGAGCUUUUUAAAUUUUCAUAUGAUGACCCCUCAUCAGAUGAGGACAGCACAGCACCUCCAAAGCAAAGUGAAAUGUCAGAUGAUGACCAUAUGUCUGAUAAGGACUACAUACCAAAUUCAGAAUCUGAUGAAGACUCGGAUGUUAGCAUUCCUCUUCAGUCCAUCAACUCUCAAAUUGGACAACAUCAAGGAUAUCCAACAAUACCUGAUCUUAUUUUAUCCUUGCCAGACUCAAGAUAA